AUGACAGCCAACGAGUCAAGACAUUACGGUGAAUGGGCUCUUUCAAGCUGGUACGACAUUUUGCCGGGACCCGAUCGCCUCCUCGAAGUCUCGACGUCGUUAAACGAAUACGAUGCGUGGCAUUCGGUGCAAAACUGGUGCAUGAAGCUUCUCUCGCCCGGAAUAGACACGGAAAAACUGCAGGCAAUUGCGGACUCGCUGAUCUACAAUCACUGGAAUCAAGCAAAGAGAAUGGGUUGCAUCGGAGUCCAGUUUACUUACAUAAAUGGAUUUUAUCACAGGUUUGUCUGGAGGGCUUCGUGACAUGUUGUCUUCGACGCUAUUUGAGUUCACCGAACCGUGCGUGGCAACGCAGUAUCCUAAUUUUUUUUUCUGUUGCCAGUUGUGUAUGCAAGUAUUGCAGGAGUCUGCUUAUAAAACCUGAUGAAAUGAUACUAUUUUAAAUGAAAAUUAUCUUCCACACAAAUUUUAAAGCAAGUUAAAGACCAACAAAUGUUAUCAUUAAACCUUUGCGUGUUUUUCGCCAUAAUAUGUAAUUUAGAAUUUUAAAGCACAACAAAAGUGUAUUGUUGAUAUGCUUAGUGACCUCCAGGGCUUUACUAAUAAACAUUCGAUUUCCAUUUCCCUUGCAAGAUCGUGUUUUAAAAUUCUAGACUAGACGGGAAAUUAUUAUUAUUAUUACCAGAACUGUAACCUCUUUUUCUAUCCUUACAGAGAUGCUCCUAUACUAUCUCCAGAAUGUGACCUAUAAAAAUGACCUCAAGGACAAAAAACUGUUCUCUAAUAGAAACAAUUUAGUGCAAUAUCAAUAUAAAUAAUAGAGGUGUACAUACUGGACUUUCAAUGUUACUGAAAUAAUUAUUUGUAAAUUGGAAAUUACGUUAGUGGAAAACAAUUUCACCAUAAAAGGGGAAAAUAAUAUUAUCGUUAUUAAAAAUCUUAACGUAUAAUAAACCGAUAUUUACAAGGUUCUUGUUAUUUUUUGGUGUAUAUCAAAAUAUCUAUCACUGGUCAUCAAAUUGACUUAUGGUUGAAUGGACACAGUAGGUAAAAAAUUCUCUCAAAUGAAUUCUAUUUUUUAGCACAAUAUAAUUUGCCAUCGUUUUUCUAUGACAACCCAAUGUAGGGGUAACUGCCAGGAGCUCUUGCGGGAGCUCAUCAUUAGUGAUGGGGGCGCCUGUAAAUGCCCAGUAUGGGUCAAUAUGCGUUCCUUUUUAGAGCAAGAACGAGAAGUCCAAAGACUACUGCAAAGCUGAUUUAAGACAACGUGUAUUGUUUUUUAUAACAAUAUUUCGGCUGGCCAUACCAGCCUUCUUCAGGUUUACAGUUGUUUUAGAGCCCCAUUCAUACCAUCAAAAAUUCUACUACAUCAUUACUUGGCAAAGGUUGUCCACCACUUCAAAAUGAGAACGUUUAUAAACUCAAAAUGUAAAUACGAAACAAGAGGGAGCUCAUUUUAUACACUGACUGAUUUAAGCUUUAGUGAGAGUGAGAUAUCUUCGUCAAAAUGGCACGGUUUAGUCCAGAUAUUAUUUAAAGGCAUUUCAAAAACGUUAAUGACACAGGUCAUGUAAGAGUCUUUAAUUGUUUUUUGUCGGUAGCUCGUGAUAGUCAUCAUUAUCAUCAUCUGACUAACAAGCUGAGGCCUACGAACUCGGGACCCUCGUCCAGAAGGCCGUAAAGUAACCAAUUAUCCCGAUCCUUGCAAGGCUGUUGACAGAUCUUGGAGACUGGGAGUCUGCGCAGUAAGGCGCCGGUGUUUUUAGAGCCAAGGGAGAAAUUUCGAGGACGCGCGCGCACGAGGCCGAAGGGAGAAAAGGAGAGGAGGUCUCCUCUCCCCUUCGCGUGUUCCCCUCGCGUGUUCUAUAAAAGCUAAGCAAACCAAGGUUAGUGAUGAUAAUUAACAACAAUAUCACCGUUUUAUUGCCUUCAACUCGGGGAAACGGGAGGGGAAGGGACCCUUCUGGCUAAUCAAGUUAUUAUGCAAAGAAUGGGAUAAUUAUUAAAUAUACUCCUCCCUUUACUCUAUUUGACCAUUGUCAUGGGCAACUCAGUUUCCCGGUCUUCAACAGAAAGCUACAAGGAAUGUAACCUCACAAAAGGUCCAGAUCUUACAGAAGUCGUUUGAAUUUGAUUUUAUGAAGUGAAUGCAUACAUGCCUUUUGAAAGCAUUCGAAAUAAAAUGUGUUAUUUUGUGGUUUACUGUGAGGAUGACGAUGACGAUAAUGAUGACGACGAUGAUGAUGACGAUGAUGAUGGCGAUGAUGAUGGCGAUGAUGAUGACGAUGAUGAUGACGAC